GCCGGCUGCCCCAUGGACCGCAGCUACUUCCAUGUGCUGCGGUGCAGUGCAGCGGUGGGCGGCGGAUUCUCUCCCGAGCACGGGGUCAUUCUCUGCCAUAACCGGCUGCAUACCCGCCGGGAGGUCCUGAACGCCAUGACACACGAACUAAUACACGCAUACGACCACUGUCGAUAUGGAGGUCACAUCGGUGCCGCCACUGCGGGGCCGACGGCGGAGAUUCGGGCCGCGAACCUGAGCGGCGACUGCAGUCUUUUUCAAGAGCUGCUUCGCGGCAAUCUGCCGUUGUUGCCUCUGGGCUGGGCGGCGCAGCAGCGGGCGUGUGUGGCACGGCGCGCUGCGCUGAGUGUGGCCAUGAAUCCUGCAUGCGGCGGUUCGGAUGCUGCCGCAGUGGUGGUUUCAGAGAUGAUGCCGAUCUGUCUGGCAGACACGGCACCGUUCGACGCGUCGGCUGCCGUAGCAACAUCCUGA